AUGCUUCAAGGUGAAAUGGGAACCACACUCUCAUCCUCUCACACUUCUACGGUUCAAAAAACAAUUGAACUUGCACAAAGUAAACAACAAUAUAUUAUUCGGGACGGAUUGAGAUUUGUCAUACCGUAUUGGUUAGAUUUUAGUACGGGAUGUAGAGAUCGAUGGGUUGGUAGAAAAGUGUUUGAAGUUUAUCGGAGUGAAUUUCCCUACUUUUCUGAACAGUAUUUAAAAAAAGCUUUUGAAUUGGGAAGAUUCAAACAAAACAACAAAAUAAUUCAUGAUAUAGAUACUAUCAUGGAAAAGAACAAGUCUAUUACUCAUCGGGUUCAUUUUCAUGAAAAACCAAUUUAUAAUCGGAAUAUUAAUAUUUUAUAUGAUGAAAAGGAUUUAUUAGUUGUUGAUAAACCUCCAUCAUUUCCGAUACAUCCAUGCGGUCGUUAUAGAAAAAACUCAUUAACUUUUAUUCUUGAAGAAGCUGGAUACAAUAGUUUGCAUACAGUUCAUAGAUUAGACCAUAGUACAUCAGGAGUAUUGAUGAUUGCUAGAGAUAAAAAAGUAGCUCAAUCUAUUGUGAAUAUGAUUAACACUAGGGAAAAUACAAUUGGAAAGUAUUAUUUGGCAAUAGUGAAGGGAAAAUUUGGAAAAGAAACAACAAAUGGAUUUUUUGAAGAAAUGCAAGUCGUGAGUUGUGAUACAAAGGUGUACUGUAAAGAUCACAAAAAAGGAAUUUGGUCUGCCAAUAAUGAGUUGGGAACUUUUGAUGCUCUCACAUUUUACUGCCCUAUUGCAUAUAACAAGGAAGAAAAUAUUUCUCUCGUAAUGUGUAAACCAGUUACUGGAAGAACUCAUCAAAUACGAAUUCAUCUCGAAUAUCUUGGAUUUCCAAUUAGUAAUGAUUUUUUCUAUAAUCAAGAAUUUGUUACCAAGAUGAAAGAAAAGAAAGAAACAAAGAAUCAAACCUCAACAUUAAAUACCUUCAACAGCGAAGCCAAUACUAUGAAGAGAAAAGAAAUUGGUAGCAAUGAAACCAGCAGUUGCUCUCCAAAAUCAAAGAAACAAAAAUACAGAGGCAGCGACGAAGAGGAAAAGACUUCCGAGUGCAAUACCACAUCAACCAAACGAAAGUCAACAGGAAAGAAAUUUGAUGAAGAAAGUAAGGUUCAAGAAUACGAGGAGAUUUGCGUCAAUUGCAACCCGUUGUACUCUGUCAAACAGUCCGAAGAGCUUGAGGAAAGCAUACCGUUGUGCAUUUAUCUGCACUCUUGGAGAUAUGAGUUAACAGAUGAAUGGACCUUCGAGACACCAAUUCCUUCGUGGGUUUUUGAAAAGUUUGGUUCAAAAGAAGAGUUAACUCUGCGAAAUAAGUUAAGAGAUGUUAAAGAAAUUUUGGCCAACCAAGCUCAAAGAAAGUAA